UGGAAAUCCUCAGUGUUUCCGUGUUUAUCAGAAGAAGUGUUACAGUUUACUUGCUGAAUGACACUUGGAGGAAAGUUUACACGCUUUUCGCUCCUUGGGAAAGCUUUUCCAGACUUCGGCAUAGCACUACGGCUUGUCUGACAUUUCGUCGUCUAGUUCCCUCUUUGAGUUUCUCUGAAAAAUGCGGGACCGAACGAAAGAACUGGGAAAUCAGAGUGCGGAGUGCUCAGAUGAGGAUGAGGAGGGCAGAGCGCUGAUGAUCAAGCCUGGCACCUCUUCAGUCAAAGAGGAGAGGGAGAAUGAAGCCUUUUUCAAGAAGGUGCAAGAAAUUCGGGAGGGUCUGGAGACUCUCAAAAAAAAGGUGUCCGACCUUGAGAACAAACAGAAAACGGUGCUGGGUGUGGCGCUGCCAGAGGAUAGUAUGAAGAAAGAGCUGCAGACCCUUCGAGAGGAGAUCAAAACUAUGGCGAGCCAGAUCCAGAAAAAACUGAAGACCAUUGAACCUAAGAAGGGAGAGGAUGAUGGCAAAUACAUACCCAUAAACACGAGGAUGCAACGGACACAGCACGGCGUCUUGUCCAAGGAGUUUGUGGAGCUGAUGGGUCACUGCAACACCAUCCAGGCUCAGUACAGAGAUCGUAACGUGGAGAGGAUACAGAGGCAACUUAAAAUCACUGGCAACAAUGUAACAGACGAGGAGCUGGACGCCAUGCUCGAAAGUGGACAGACGGAUGUGUUUACGCAAAAUAUCUUGAUCGAUGCGAAAGCCACCAAGCAGGCUCUGAACGAGAUCGAGUCGCGGCACGAUGAGAUCCUGAAACUGGAGAGGAGCAUCAGGGACCUGCACGACAUGUUCCAGUACCUGGCCAUGGAGGUGGAGGCUCAGGGGGAAAUGGUCAACCGCAUUGAAACAAACAUCAAACAGUCCAGUAACUAUGUGGAAAAGGCCAAGGCAGACACAGAGAAAGCAGUCACGUAUCAACAGAAAGCACGCAAGAAGAAAAUCUGGAUCGCCGUCUGCGUCGCCAUCCUCAUCCUCAUCCUCGUCAUCUCGUUGGUCACCACCUUCAGUGGCUGAGACCCAGCAGUGUGAGUUUUAGCUCUGGAGGGGGCUGGCAUAUGCAAAAAUGUUUUAUUUGUAGAAUAACAUCUAAAUUUUCAACCUCUCAGAAUGUAGGUCAAUUAAGUCAAUGGAUUGUAUAUAAACACAAGUCUGCCUUUUUCAGUUUCCACUCUAACCCUCCUACCCUGCCACUGGGCCUUAUUUUGAAGAAGAGAUGUCCUCUCUGUUUGUUGAGACUAUAACUUUUCACACACUCACAGUAGACACACAAAACGACUACACUCUUGUCUAACUUUUGUCAAGAGGUAAUGCUGCUGGCGUAUGGAAUCUCUCUGUUAGGCUUUUGCCUGCAGAUGCACCACACAUAGCAUUAGGAAUUGGUAACUGCAGUGUAACCCCAUUACCCCGUCUCUCUCCCUCUCUCUCUCUCUCUCACACACACACACACACAUACACACGAAAACUUAAAAAAAAAAAAAAAAGAAAAAGUUAGCAAAGGAAGAAUGCAGUAUUGGAAACCAACACUGGCGCUGAUCUUACUGUACUCAGGAAAACCGUUCAUUGAUUUCUUGUUACAUUAUUGUUUAUAGAUCAAUU